UCAAACCUCCGCCCAGCACGCAACACAACUCCCACAAGAAACAAACAAACAAUCUCUCUCUCUCUCUCUCUCUCUCUCUCUCUCUGAGUCUCUGAAACUCUGAGUAACUAAACCGCAACACUCCACACUCUCUCUCUCUCUCUCACACACACACACAAAAGCUGCCCCACCUUGAGCGUGUUGUUCCCAAAUGGACAACAUUAUCCGCACCCAACGAUGAAGUUCCCUGGCGACUCUAACCAUCCACCGCUGCCAUUAUUGGCGAGCAUUGUUCCCAGUGGCGCCCGAAACCCCUGCCCUUCCUCGAAUCUCCAACAGUCGCCGGGGACCUCCCGAAAUCCUCCCGUGAGACGAAGCGGCGCUCCUAAUGGCAGACGAAGCAGGCACGAAACUCUCCUCGAGACGAACGGCGCCGGAGCUGGCAGCGAUCAGCUCCAGCAGGACGAGAAGCCGGUGAGUUACUUCGGUUGGAAGAGGGCGGCCGUGUCGGCGCGGAAGCUCGCCGCUGAGCUGUGGCGGCUACAGCUCCCGGAAGUUGGCGAUCACGGAAGAAGCAUCGCUGAGGAUCGGUUGGGACUUAAGCAUGGAAUCGGACGCUCAAACCUCUAUUUUCUCAGUCAUCGAAAUGGUGUGAUGCAUGGAGACUUGAAGAAUCUGUCAUUAAGUCCAUAUGCCAUUUCGCGGACAAAGGAUAGAAAGCUCUGUGAGCUCCACCAUUCUCUCCAGUUUUCCAGCGCCGCAGCGAAGGGGAUAACAAAAUGGGAUCCUGUUAGUAUAGAAACAUGGGACGAGGCACAAUAUAUUUGCAACCAGGUGAAACUUCUUGACCAAAAGGAAAGUGCUGUAUCUGCUCUUGAAGCUGAACUAGAGCAGGCUCGUGUGAGGAUUCAGGAGCUUGAGACUGAGCGUCACUCCUCCAAAAAGAAACUUGAGCAUUUCUUGAAGAAAGUUUGCAAGGAAAAAGCCUUAUGGCGAAGCAGAGAGCAUGAGAAAAUUCGUGCCUACAUUGAUGACAUUAAAGCAGAGUUGAGUCAAGAAAGGAGAAGUCGUCAAAGGAUUGAAAUUGUGAAUUCCAAGUUAGUUAGUGAGUUGGCUGAUGCUAAGUUGUUAGCAAAGCGCUGCAUGCAGGAGUAUGAGAAGGAAAGGAAGGAGAAAGAUUUGAUUGAGGAAGUGUGUGAUGAGCUUGCUAAGGAAAUUGGAGAAGACAAGGCUGAAGUUGAAGUAUUGAAGAGGGAAACUAUGAAACUCAGGGAAGAAGUAGAGGAGGAGAAAAGGAUGUUGCAGAUGGCUGAAGUCUGGCGUGAAGAACGUGUUCAAAUGAAGUUGAUAGAUGCAAAAGUUGCUGUUGAUGCGAAGUACUCACAAAUGAAUGAACUUGUAGCAAAUUUGGAAAUCUUUCUUAAGUCAGUAAAUGUUAACCAAAAUGGAACGGAUAUUAGAGAAGCAAGUUCACUUAAAAAUGCUGCAGCUUCCAUGAACAUUCAAGACAUCAAAGGAUUUUCAUAUGAACCUCCCAAUCAAAACAAUGUAUUUUCCAUUUUCGAAGAUCUGAGCUCUGGUCAACCCAAGGAAAGGGAGAUUGAUCCAUGUGUUGUGCAUUCUCCAGUGAGUCAUGCCUCAAAGAUUCUCGCAGCAAGUCCUAAACCCAAUAUGAUAAGUAAGGUUAACUUUCCAAGGCGAUUGGACGCAUCGGUGCAUGAGAUUGUUGAUAUGCAAGAUGACGGAAGUGGAUGGGAAAUUGUGAGCCAUGUUGAGGAUCCAGGAUCAAUCUGUUCACCGGAAGGGAGUAUCCCAUCUAUGACUAAGAAUUAUCGAGAGCGUAACAUCUCAGAGAGGAGCGGGUUUGACUGUAAAGAAAAUACCAGCGAAGAGUCCCCAUUAACUGAAAUUAGUGAAGUUUCUUCAGUAUUAAGUAAGCAAUCAAAGAAAUUAUCAUCCAUAGCCAGGUUUUGGAGGUCUGGUCCGACUAAUGCGGAUAACUACAAGAUAAUCUCUGCAGAAGGAAUGAAUGGGAGUCUUUCAAAUGGGAAGUUGUCUAAUGGGAGCAUCAUGUCUCCUGACUGGGGAUCAGGUAAAGAUGGUCUAAGUCCCCAGGAUCCUCUGUGUCAAUUGAGAUCUCCUGACUCCGGGAAUUCACAUAAUCAGGGUGCAGAGAAGAACAGUUUGAAAGCAAGACUUUUAGAGGCCAGGAUGGAAAGCCAGAAGGUUAGGUUGCGCCAUGUUCUUAAACAGAAGGUAUAAAGCUGAAAAUAGAAAGGCUCAGAAGAGAUUUGUCACCAACUUGACCCAACAAUGAUACACAUGAUGACAUGAAGCAGUUUCAUUUGAAUUGUGGAAGUACAAAUAGAUUGCUUCUACAAAAUCUGCUCAGAAGUGAAGAGCCAAACGUAAAUGCACUUUUCCUUUUUCUGACUUCUAGCCAGGUUCAAGUUCUCCAUUAUCACUCAUACUAAGUAUAGAGCAGAUUUCAUUUUAUUUUAUUUUUUAUAUAUUAUUUUUCUUGCCAUGGCCUAAAUCUUCAUAUUGUGAAAUGGUCUGUUUGUAACGUUGGAUCUUAGGAAAAUUAUGAGAGGCACGUUGCUUGUACUGUAUAAUUUGAGUCUGAGGAAAACAUUCAGCGAAACUAAUAAUCAUAAAUUAUAGA